GAUGCCCGGAUUAGAUUACAAUGUUGUAUACAAACAAAUAAGUGUCGUUUUAAAUCGUUUGUUGGUGUAAUGGAAAUGUCAGAGGAUGAAGAAAAAGAGCCGUCAGCUUACGUCGUCGCUUUUCUCUACGGCAUUUUAUCCUUCGUAUGCGUCAUACUACUUGUCCUUCUCAUUUUUGUAGCGUGUUCAAGAAAGUACAGGCUUAAUUGGUUUGAGAAAAACCUUUUAGAAUCCGCCGACAACAAAGACUCUCACAGCCAAGAACCACUAGUGCAGGAGUUGAUACAGGGUAGUAGUAAAAGUUUAUGCACUAAUUAUGGUGAGGAAGCGUAUUGGAUGCCCACUUCAUCUCAGAAACACAGCUCGCUUUGCCAAAGUGAUAACGAAAGGGACGAAACGAGUCCGGAAUGUUCGAUACCAGAGAGCCCAAUAUCAUCGAGUAGUUAUCAGCCUUUCUCUGCACCUAUUCCACUCGCUAGAAACGGCAAUCAAAUUAUAUUGACUAACACGAGCCCGGUGCGGCCAAAAUUGGCGUCAAUGCAGUCUAAAUUGGACCACACAAAAAUUGAUUAUUCCUUAUAUCAAACGGAGUCCCCAUCUGAACCAACUAAUAUGAGGGGUUCCCUGCACGUCACUCUGUUUUAUGAACCUAUAGCAGAAAUAUUAACCGUUCGACUUAUUGAAGCUCAAGACUUGGAAGCCAGAGACUUUAGUGGAACCGCCGAUCCUUACGCUAAAAUACGUUUGUUACCCGAUCGAACGAAUGUGUGGCAGACGAGGAUACACAAGAAAACCUUAAAUCCAGUGUUUGACGAAGAUUUCGUGUUCGAAGUUAAAGCUGCCACUUUGGGUCGCCACACUUUGGAAGUAGUACUAUACAAUUUCGACGCGUAUUCGCGCCACUAUAGUAUCGGAGGUGUGCAGCUGCCCUUAGCCAAUAUUGAUUUGAGUGAAAAGGUCGAUUUAUGGAAAGGCCUGAGUCCGUCGUUCGAGCAUGAUGCUCGAUUAGAUCUGGGAGAGCUUAUGGUUUCCUUGGCCUACCUUCCGUCCGCCGAGCGCCUUACUGUCGUAGUGAUUAAAGCGAGAAAUUUGAGGAUGGUCGAUGAUACAAGAAAUAGUUCAGAUCCGUAUGUAAAAGUCAGCAUAAUGCAAGGAGAUAAGAAGAUAAAGAAACGAAAAACAGGAGUCCAUCGCAAUACCGUUUGUCCCAUAUUUAACGAAGCCCUCACGUUUAAUAUUAGCAAAUCGCAACUUAAAAGAUGCUACAUAGAAUUUUCCGUCUUGCACGACAGCCUUUUAGGCGCGAGUGAACUUUUAGGCAAAGCGCGUGUCGGACAAACAGCGGAAUGCAAACGGCGUGAAAAGGAAUACUUCGCGGAGAUAUUUCAGAGCACCACAGCAACUGCCCAGUGGCUACCUUUAUCCGAUCCUCGAAUUGUACCUCAGAAGAAGAAUUAAAACGCUUAAUGUAGUCAAUUAUUUACGCUUUACAUGGUAUUUGGGACCUCAAGCUGAUGAACAGUUUCUAAAUAAAUUUGGUACAACCUACUAUGCAUGUAUAACCAAAUACUUUAUUGUUAUUAAUGUGUAGGUAAUAAACUUUGUAAGUAAAUAGA